UUAAUUCCCUAUCUGAAAUGUUGAUCCCCAAGAUUGACUUUAUUGACUUUCACAUCUUUCAAGAUUUUUGAAGGGGCUCAAUCCCCGGCUUUCACUAAGGACUCCAUGAAAGCACCGGCUGUGUGUUUGGUCCCUUGGGUGGCUGCGGUGCGAGCAGCGCUGAACCACGGAGGGACACGACGACCGAAGCGCGAUCGACGCGAAGCGAAGCGCAAGCAGCUGCAGCUUGCAACUGUUGACCCGGUGACCCUGGCGCCGAGCGUUCGCACCGUGGUCUUUCGCGGCUUUCUGCAAGCACAACACCUGGCGGCAGAGCGUGGACAGGAUGCCAGUGAUGCCAGUGAUGAUGAGCUGAUGGAGCCCAGCACCAAGGACAGUUGUGUGAUGCUGCUCAUCACCGACGAGCGGGCAGGGAAGGUUCGACACCUCCAGGAGAGUUUUCCCCAGAGCCGCGUGGAGCUUUGCUGGUGGUUUGAUGAAGCGUCAGUGCAAUUCCGGAUCGCGGGUCGAGGGCUAAUUGCAGAUAGUACGACACAGGACCCAGAGUUGCGGGCUGUGAGGUCCGCAGUUUGGCAGCGAUUGAAAGCCAGCACCAAGGAGACCUUCUUCUGGCCACAUCCUGGUCGACCCCGAGACGUGCCAAACCAAGCUGUGAGCAGCACCGACCUUGAAGACGCACACUUUGCGGUUGUGGUGAUUCUUCCAAGCUCAGUGGAUGAGCUGCAUCUGGGGGGGCGGCAGAAGCGCAAGAUCUAUCGCUCAUCCUUCAAAGAGGAUUACAUGCACUUACCCUUCUCUGAGCUGUACGACAGGAUGGCUGAGCUCCAUUGGGAAGUCGAAGACGUCAAUCCUUGAUGCAGUUGAAGUCCUUGAGUUGUUCGAGUCCAGUCACGGAAGGUGGAGAACCUGGAUAUUGUGCCAUUGUAGCGAUACGCAUUGACGAGGUCACAUCAAUCAGUGGGUGCAAGCGGAGGACGCUGCCUUGCGUGGUUGAAGAAGUGGUGAGUAGCGACGCGUUCGGUUCAACCAAGAAUCGUGCUGCGAACCAGGAAA